AUGGGAAGAGCACCUUGUUGUGACAAGACAAAAGUAAAGAGAGGACCCUGGUCCCCUGAAGAAGACACCACUCUCAAAAACUAUGUUCAGAAAUAUGGCACUGGUGGCAAUUGGAUUGCUUUGCCACACAAAGCAGGUCUCAAGCGUUGCGGUAAAAGUUGUCGACUGAGAUGGCUUAAUUAUCUUAGACCAGAUAUUAAGCAUGGAGGCUUUACCGAGGAAGAAGAUAAUAUAAUCCUAACUCUUUAUCAUAAUAUAGGAAGCAGGUGGUCUAUCAUAGCUUCUCAUCUUCCGGGGAGAACUGAUAAUGAUGUGAAGAAUUAUUGGAACACCAAAUUGAAGAAGAAGCUACUGGCAGAAGUAACAACUAGACCGACCACCACCACCACUGCGGCCGCCACUGCCACCACCACCACCAGCAUCACUAACACCAGUUUCUCCCAUGUACCCUCAUCGGCAUUGACAACAAAAAUCGAGGCAAAUCAUUUUUGCAACUCAGUUAAUAAUACUAUGUUGCCAUAUUAUCCACUGGAGGCGAAUUCCCAUCAAAGUUUUAUGCCAGAAAUGCUGGGAAUUUCUACCCAAUUUCCUCUUCCAAGGCUAGUUGAAGUUCCUGAAAAUGGCAUUAAUUCUUACUCUGGAUUUCCUACUAUUCCAUUUUCUCAAGAAGUAUCAAGCUUUUCACCUUCAUUUUCUCUCAACAACAGUGGAAUUAGUGCAUCUUGGUCUGUCAAUGGAGGUGGGGAAGACAACAAUACAUUUCUCGAUGAAUUUGACUAUGGAUUAUCGUACGAUCUACUAAAUAUUGGCUUCGAUUUUCUUGAAGACAAAAUCUCUGAAUUCAAUCCCAGUUUUACGAAUUCUUCGGACUCGUUCGCUGGCUAA